AUGGCUAAAAGGCACAAAUUAAAGAUUACAAUUUUGUCAAUUUUUUUUUUUGUGACAUUUACGGGGAUUCAUACCGUUUUCACAGCAUUCAAUAGAAAAGAUUGGUUAAAGUUUUAUACUAGUUGCUUUGGUACGGGAGAAGUAAAAUGGGAACUGCUAGCCUUGUUAACAGUUGUGAAUAUGCUUCUUUUAUUAUUAAACGUGAAUUACAAAGAGAAUAUAAACCAUUUAAAUAAUAAGAAGAGUGAGACAAGUGAUAUAAAUGAUGAUUUAAUAAAUGUUGAUAUGCAUGAAUUUAGUAAUAAUGAAAAAGAUGAAAGUAGUGAUGAGAAUGAGAAAGAGAAGAAAUAUAAUAAAUUAAAAAUAAGAUAUUUAUAUAAUGUUAGUAAUUCUAUUAUUUGUUAUUAUAGUUUAUGGAUUUUAUGUUAUUAUUUAAUAUACUUUUUAUGUUUUUUAAGUUUUUUAUAUGGUAUAAGAAUAUUCAAUAAUAAUGUAAUAAAUAUAUAUACCUUGAGGACAUGUAAAAUUGAUAAAUUAACAAAUUAUAUAUUAUCAGAAAAUACAUUUAUUAGUUUAUAUUGGACUAUUAUAAAUUUUAAUGUUUUUAUGAGUAAAUACACAGAUUCCUUUUAUAUAGUUAAUUAUUUUAAAUUAAAUUUUGAAUUUAGUAAUAGGAAGAAAAAAACACUUUUCAUUCUUAAUUAUAUGUAUCAAUUAUUAUUAUUAUCUUAUACUAUAUAUAAAAAUAUUACUUUAUAUACUAAAGGAGAAUAUAAUUUAAAUCAGAUCAUUUGUGCUCUUAUAUUUUUAUGCCUAAUAUUAUAUACCAUUUUAGAAAUUACUUAUGUGUUAGAAAUUAAUAGACCAUGUUAUAAUGUACAGACCAAAUUACCUUUUCAUUAUGUAUGGGCAAUUAUUUAUUUAUUUAUUAUUUUCACAUCAUCAGUUAUUUUUUAUUUUUCCGUUUUUAGUUAUUCUAUAAAAGACCAAUUUGUGAAUUUCCAAAUUGCCUUGUGGCUUUUUUUUAUCUCACUAACAUAUAUAAAAAAAAAUCAGUUAUUCAUCAAAAUAUGA